AUUCGUAUCGGUGAGGAGAAAUAGAGAGAGAGAGAGAGAGAUGGAGGACGAGUUGCUUGCGGGCGUGCCGUGCUCUUCUCGCGCCGUCGAGUCAGUGAUCCGCGUUUCCACGGCGGGUGGAUUAUAUGGCUUUUGCGCCGGACCUCGUAACGCUCGCAAACUGGGUUUAAGCGGCGUUUCUCAGGCUUCCUAUGUGGCAAAAUCCAUUGGCAAAAUCGGGUUUCAAUGCGGUAUAGUGAGUGGUAUCUUUACUCUGACUAACUGUGGCCUUCAGAGAUAUCGAGGCAAGAGUGAUUGGGUGAAUGCUUUGGUCGGAGGAGCUGUGGCUGGAGCAGCUGUUGCUCUUCGGACUAGAAACUGCUCUCACGUUGUUACCACCGCCGGACUCGUCUCUAUUUUUAGUGUUUUGGCUAAUUCCACCAGGACUGAUCUGAAACAACAACACUAAGGUCUCGGAUAAGUCCAUUCAUCAAGACACUUGUGUCCUGGAACUGGAACCUGACAGAUGAUCAUACCCAACUCUCUGAUUCACAGACAAAUUUAGUUGCCUGAACCAAGUGGAUGGUCGGUCUUCUGUAGACCACAAUUUUUUGGUCUUACCACCCUCUGUUAUAAUCUUUGCUAAGAAAAGAAAGUGAAACUCAAAGAGACUCUGUCCGAACCAAAAACAUUAUUUGAAUCACUGGGUGAUUGAAACUUGUGGGAAAAUGUAUAAUGUUUUUUUUUUUGCAAAGUUAAAGUAUUCAAAUCAAAUAUCCAAACACUGA